AUGAACAAGGUUGCCCUGCUCGGCCUUUUGUGCUUCUAUGGCCUCAUACACACCACGAUAGCAGGUAAUAUACAUAAGGAAGAGCUUUUUUAGGCAAAAUAUUAACUUAGAAACGCUGUUUUAGUGUGAGAGCAAUGCUUAUUUUAUGUAAAGAUCCAUUUUUUGAUGUAAAAUACUUAAUAUAAAAUUCAUUUUUGUAAAUAAUACCUAAUUUGUUCCAGAAGACCCAAAGCUAUGUGUGAGUAACGUCUGUUUCAAUGGAGGCAUCUGUAUAGUGGAGAAGGGUGACAAUAACGACAGUCCCACCUUCCAAUGUGAAUGUCCAGCCGGCUUCACGGGCACGUUGUGUGAAGAACAACUUGAUUGCAAUCUAAAGUGCAAGAAAAAUGGGAUAUGCAAAUUCCACAACGGAUCUCCGGAGCCAUUCUGUGCAUGCCCCGAGGGCUUUUCUGGACUACUGUGCGAUAAAGAAGCCGACUGUCAGCAAAGCGGUUGUCCCGAAGAGCAGGUCUGUCUUAUGGAUCUGACGCUCUACAGAUUCUCGUGCGAAUCUGAUCUCUGUCACAGUAAUCCGUGUCAUCACAACGCAACCUGUCGUCCGAUUAAGGUAAUUUGUGUUACGCUUUAAUUAGUUUUGUCAGGAAGUCGUAAAGGUUUACGGAAGCAGGGGAAACCGUGGUAAAAGUUGACACAGAAGCGGUAAAAGUAUUGUAAAAACAUAAAAAUCAAAAUUUAAAAAUUUUGAAAAAAACAUAAAUUUGAAAUGUUUUUCGAAUUAAAUUCGUAUUUUAGGACGACUUUUUGUGUGAAUGCGCCAAAGGCCUUCGAGGUCGACUGUGUGAUGAAGAUGUAGAUGAAUGUGAAGAAGAGGCAAUGCCAUGUCUGAAUCGAGGGGUUUGUGAGAAUAUUCUGGGAGGUUACAACUGUAAAUGUCCCAUCGGAUUUGAAGGUAAAAUCUGUGAGCAAAGGGUCGGAGAAUGUGUUCAGAAGCCGUGUGUGCACGGUAAUUGUGUAGACAUUGAAGCCGGCUUCAGAUGCGAUUGUAACGAGGGAUUCGAGGGACGGCUUUGUGAUGUGAGUUUAAAUAUUAUAAUGUAAAAAGGUUUUUAUAUAAAAUAUUAGUUUUAGAACUUACUUUGCUAUAUUAAGGUAUGACUUUACUGUAUUAGCGUAUCACUUUACUAUAGUAACGUAUUUAGAAAGAAGCAGAAUGUAAAGUAAAAGGCAGAGAUUGUUUAAAUGGUGGAGUUUGUGUGAAGAACGGAACGCUGGCACACUGUGAAUGCCCAGAACCUUUCCAAGGAGAAUUUUGUGAUCGGCUACAGUUGGCUACAGAAGAAGAAGAAAUCAGUAGCACAAACAACGUAGUCAGUACUACCAUAUCUGGCUGUAAUUGUCAAAAUGGUGGAGUUUGCUCAAGUAAUGGUAAGUUGUUUUACAAAGUAUUGUCAUUACUAAGACUUUUGCUGCAGGUUGUAAUGAUAUCUUUACGACUCUAACUUCACGUUACUUUAUUUUAACUUAUCUUAUAGCAUAAUAUUAUAUAUCUUAGCUUUAGAUGUCUGCGAAUGUCCGUCUAACUUUGUUGGCCCCCAAUGUCAAGUGAAGUGUAAUUGUAUGGAUACACAAGUCUGCCAUGUAGCGCCGUCUGAAGUUGGUUUUCAGUGUACUACGGUUGAAGGAUCAGUCGAUAAUGUACCAGUUAUACCAGACAUUGCACAAUCUGGAGUGGCUGUUGUGCCUUUAUUUGUAAGUUUGACAAUCUCUGCUUUGGCCUAAACUGCAUAAUUUAAGGUUAUAAUAAAGUAUGUUUUCAGAACAUAUCAAGCUGUGAAGAAUGUACGAAUUCAGAGAAAUGUGUGGUCAGUAACCAACAACAUCUCUGUUUAUGUCACCCCAACUACAAGGGAUCCUACUGUUCUGAACGCAGUAAUGUAAAUCUUCUUUUAGUUUUUUCAUUUAAAGCUUUUUAAAGUGAACGGUGCAAGGGGUGGGAGUAUCGCGCAGUGCUAUGAGGUGAUACUAUGAAAUUAAUAGUUAAAAUGUUUUACUGAACAAAAACUAUCUAGGUAUGUGAGUCAGUAUCGUGCCCUCACCGCCAGCAGUGUAGACUACGAAGAACGAGCCAGACUGACGUACCCUACUGUACCUGUCCAUCAGGAUUCACAGGCGACGAUUGUAGCCACAAGAUCGACGAUGCCAACUUCAACAAUUCUUCUGUAGUCGUCGUACAGGUUUCUGGAGAAGAUACGAAGCACUGGAUACAAUUCACGUUUCGUACCACCGUAACAAACGUUCACAUCAUGACCGGAGAGUCUAUUUUGAAUGACUUUUCGUAUUCAAUCGGGCUACACGAUGGCUACGUUUACUUUAGUCUAAAGGAUCAGCCGAAGCAACUAGUACAAGAUACCAAGGUCAACGACGGAGACUGGUACCAGGUCACGUUGGUUGGUACUGGCAAUGGCACGGUUAUAGAAGUGGCACACUUUGAGACUGGGUAUGUGUUGGGACAUCUGCAGUUGUCGGCCAAUAAGUUUGACAUCUUUUCGGUGAGGUUUGGGAGAUUCGACAGAGACAAUUACUUCGUUGGCUGUGUUCGUAACAUCAUGGUAAACGGCAGGACUAUUGACGUUUUCUCUAAACAGUAAGUUGACGUAGCUACAUUACUUAUUAGUCUAACUAUGCUAAACAUUGUCUUAGCCAAUAUUUUUCUAUUUUUUAUAAACUUAUUGACCGUAUAUUGUUGUAGACGAUCGAUUGACGUUGGUCGUGGUUGUCAGCGUGAAACCCAGUGCAGACCUGACACUUGUGCUCACGGCGGACGUUGUAUUGACCACUGGUCGUACCACCAAUGUGAAUGUCGUCGACCGUACCUCGAACCCGACUGUAGCCAUCGACUCUCAGAAUCCACUUUUGGCCACGAUAACUUGACCUCUCUGGCCGAAUAUGUUGGCGAUGCCGACACUUCUGGUCGACUAUCCAAAGCCACAGAUGUGUCAUUCAUUAUACGAACCAACCGUGAUGUAGGUCAGGUAUUCUACCUUGGACAGACUUCUGACGAUGACACGGCUACAUUCUUGAGCGGAAGGCUGGCCAAUGGUAGCUUUGAAGUUGACUCUAGACUCGGUGGAAGGAAAGUUUUUGCACUGAAAGGGAAUACAGUAAUCGCUGACAAUGAGAAUCACAUUGUUACAGUAGAAAGGAGAGGGAAUACGGUAGAAGUAAGUGCACGAUAGGUUAAGCUGAUUUUGAAUUUAGUUAUACGUCGACGGAAAGAUCGAUGGAUCUCUGAAGAUUGACCGACCAUUCGAACAUCCUCUACUGGUCGAUAAGUUCAUACUGGGCGGUAACAUGUCACAGUACGACAACGAUACCAGUAUCUUCAAGGGAACGCUACAAGAUGUUCGGAUCAAUGGGGAUUCUGUGAUUCUGAAUAAGCAUGAAUCUGAAUUGGCACGGUCUUCAUUGCCGAUGACGAUGGUCGAGAAUCAGAAUCUACUGGAGGUAUGUUGAGUUGUAGUUUGACUUGCGUACAGUAAAAGCAAAUAAACAGCAUUAAAAUAAUGAUAUCUACAGUACUGUGUUAGUAAAAAAUUUUUAAGGGUACGGUAAGCGACGAAAUCUGUGCUACAUCCACACCGUGCGUGAACGGUCGUUGCACGGACACCUUCAACGACUUCGAAUGCGAAUGUAGCGCUGGCUACAUGGGCAAGAAGUGUGAUAUGAGGGACUACUGUAGCACUCAGCCCUGCCCCACAAACUCUGAAUGUCUGAAUACUCACGGUGGUUACGUGUGUAAGUCUCCGGCUACAUUUGCUACAACAAGUCACGCUGAAUUCGUGCUACAAGGAAAUGACACGGUAGAUGUAGCCUUUGAUCUUACCUUUUCUCUACGCACACGAUCUGAGAAGGCCAGGAUAUUGACGUUGAGGCUACGGAACGACACGAUGUUCAUGAAAAUCGAUGGCAGAGGUGUCAACUUUGGUCUGAAGACGAAUGACGGUGUAGUCAAUGACACCGUGAGGACAGAUGUAGUUGAUGGACAAUGGCAUUCUGUGAAUCUGUUUGUGAAGAACAAACAACUAUAUGCCAACUUUGAUAACAUGUCGUCGAUCAAGAUAUUCAGAGACUUCAGAUGGGAGUACGAUGUUAAGGAUGACUUUGACAGUGUAGUCUUCGGAAAGGAUGGCAGUGACGGCAGUUUUAAGGUCUGUUUUGAUGCUUAAUACUAUAUUUUUGAUAUAACUCUUUCUUUUACUUGUUUACAGUAAUUUAUAUUACUGUAAUGUAUGAUUAUCGUCUGUUUACAGGGGUGUCUUCACAAUGUAAAACUGUCAUCGUACCCUUAUGUAACCUUUUUUGGAGCAGAAGGCAGUGGAUUCAUUGAAGGAUCUCACUUGGUGGCGUCAAAGCUGAUCAACAUACGACCAGAUGGCUGUCACAGUAAGAGUCUCUGUGACAGUAACCCCUGUAAGAAUGGAGCACUCUGUAAAGACUUAUUUGACAAACAAAGUUGUGAAUGUGCCAAAGGCUUCGAGGGAGAGUUCUGUGAGGUAGGUUACUAUCACAUAUCUUACUAUGUAUUGAUACUGUAUUUGACAUUUCGUUUACUGUGCCAAAGACUGCACUUAACCCAAUAGCAUUAUAAUACAUACUAUGUUUUAGAUAAAUGUAAACGAAUGUAACGGAGUAACAGAUUGUGGCGAGAACGGUGUUUGUGUAGAUGACAUUGCUACUUUCAAAUGUCAGUGUAAAAAAGGAUUCUCUGGAGCACGAUGUGAAGCACCUGUCGACUUUUGUACGAAGAAUCCGUGCAAGAACGGUGGAACAUGUAGUAAUGUUAAACACGGCUACGAAUGUAAAUGUACGGAAGCCUUCAUUGGUCAGAACUGCACGGUGAAGAGGGAUACACAGUGCGCGACGAGACCGUGCAAGAACGAUGCUCAAUGUCAGGAUUCUGAAGUGAGUUUUGAAAUUAAGGCUGAUAUUUAUGUUACAAUAUUGACAAAUGAUGUUGUCUUGAAUGUUACAGUAGUAAUGUUGUUCUUUCUUUUCAGAUGGGACCUCAAUGUGAUUGCCAAGUUGGCUUCAGCGGUGAUUUGUGUGAAGUGUCUCUAGGAGACAUCGCUUGCCUUGACAUGCCAUGUCGCAAUGGUGGUAAAUGUAAGACGACAUACAAGAACUCUACCACCUACUUCUGUGAUUGUCCUUCUGAAUUCGAGGGUGACCACUGUGAAGUCCCCAAAGACCACUGCAAGCCUUCAUCGUGCAAGCACGGUGUAUGCAGGAGCAUCUUUAAUGACUUCAUGUGUAGCUGCAAGGAAGGCUGGGAGGGGUUGCGGUGUGACAGAGAUGUGAAUGAAUGCCUAGAGCACUUCCCUUGCGAGAACAACGGUAGCUGCGUGAAUACAGAAGGCGGUUUCAACUGUGUCUGUCCUCAAUAUUACUUCGGCGAACGGUGUGAGACGGCAGGAAUAUGCACCACAUCACCGUGCCAGCACGGUAAAUGCAUCCAGAACGGCCAGAACAACUACACGUGCGAGUGUAAGAAAGGGUACGAAGGUGUCAACUGUGAUGUGGAGAUAGAUUACUGUAAGACAGAACCGUGCCAGAACGGAGGCACCUGUAAACGUAUGAUCGGAGGCUUCGUAUGUUCGUGUAUCGCUGGUUUUACCGGGGAAAAGUGCGAAACCGACAUCGACGACUGUGCUGGAGGUAACAAAUGUGCAAAUGGAGGGAAGUGCAUGGACAGAGUCAAUGGGUUCGAGUGCAAUUGUCGAGGUACAGGCUACAAAGGAACACAAUGUCAGGAAGAUAUCAACGAGUGCGACGAAGAAGGACUGAACUGUGUCAAUGGACAUUGCGAGAACCUGCCAGGAUCUUACUAUUGUCAUUGCAAAGAAAGUAAGUACUUCACUGAAAAGCCAUUCUAGUCAUUGAGUAAUUAAAGGCAUACCUACUCUUUGAUUACUUCUAGUAUAAUAUUACAACUUACUUUAACUAUAUUGCAACUUUAGACUUCAUCGGAUCCAAGUGUAAUAUGGUAAAUCCCUGUACGAUACCGAAUACGAACAAGACAUUACACAACUGUGUCCAUGGCGAAUGUGUCAACCCUCGUGUCACAACAAACGCUUCGGGACGAGAACUAAGUCAGUAUGAAUGCAAAUGUCACAACGGUUACACAGGGCCUCAAUGUAUUCAAAUGGUAUGUUAGUACAGUAUUUUUGGAUUGCUAAUAUCUUAUAAAUGGUGUCACGACAUAUAGACUUUCGACACAACUCAUACAACCUAUGUGAUCAUUACCUAUUGUCUUACUUGCCAUUCAUUUCAGGUUGAAAAGGCCAAGUCAGUAUCCUUGGGAUACAUAAUAGGGCCUUCUUUGGUGCUACUGGUCGUGUGUGCCAUAAUGGUGUGUAUGUUGUUCUACUUUGUGGCCAAGAAUCGAAGAGCCAAUCAAGGGACGUAUAGUCCUUCGAAUCAGGAAAUGACAGGAGCCAGAGUACAGGUAAGUGCGACCUUAAACUAAUACUUUUAACGCCCACCGAGGAUCUAAAACUGUCAUUCCAAAACAUAUUACAACAAGGUAAUGGUAUCUGCCUUCAGAUGCACCAAAUCCAGAAACCAAUCAAGAAACAGGAACGGCUCAUUUAA